AUGAAAUCCGCAGUUGUGGUGCUGGCCCUUGUGGCCUUGAUUGGAUCGGUAACGGCCAGUUGUGACACUUACGUUAAGUGCUCCGCCAACGAGGUCAUGCAGGCUACGCCACCAUGUUGCGAACCGACGUGUGACUGUGAUUGUCUGCAAGCGAUGCCCUGCCAGCAAUCGCUCGUCUACCAGCCGACCUGUGUGUGCGUGAAGGGAUACGUCCGCUACAAUGGCCAGUGUGUCGAGAAAUCGUGCUGCCCUGCACCGAGUCCUUAUUCGGUUCCGUAUGAAGCCACACCCUAUGCCCAGCCUUAUGUGACUACGAUGGCCCCUUACGUGUACCCGCAAGCACCCGUGUACGAGCAACCCUCAUGCGGAUGUGGCCAGACUCCAUGCCAGUGUGCUCAGUCGCAGUAUGUUGCUCCGACGUACGAACAACCCUCUUGCGGAUGUGGACAGACUCCUUGCCAGUGCGCUCAGUCGCAGUAUGUUGCUCCGACGUACGAACAACCCUCUUGCGGAUGUGGUCAAACUCCUUGCCAGUGCGCUCAGCCUGUCUACCCACCUGCUCCGGUAUACACCCCGGCACCAGUCUAUAAUGCUCCGGUGUACACCCCGGCACCAGUCUAUAAUGCUCCGGUGUACACCCCAGCACCUGUCUAUGCCCCAGCUCCGGUUUACACGGCGGCUCCUGUCUACCCACCAGCACCAUCCUGCGGAUGUGGCUACACCCCGUGUGGAUGUGCUCAGCCUGCCUAUCCUACCCCGAUGCCGUACGAAACGACCAUGCAGCCUUACACGUCCGCUCCACCGACCUGUUCCGCUUGCGAACAGCUCGUCUUCACGCAACCCUGCUGCGAGCCAACGUGCGAUAACGACUGCUCCAACGUGAACUGCAGCCCACUUUUGUUGGUCCAGGAACCAACCUGUGCCUGCCGACCGGGACUUGUCCGCUACCAGGGCCACUGUGUUGAGCGAUCGGCAUGUCCCUCAAGCGCUUCCCGAUUCCGUCUGUACGUCCCGAAAGCCGUUUCCUGCGCCUGCAACUCCCCAUGUGCCAGCAAGGUGGUCGUGUACUGA